AUGUCUAUUGAAUACGUGCUUUUAGUUAAACAACAAUAGGUUUGCCUAUUUAAGAUUCCACCGGUUAGCAGUAGCAAGGGUUAUUAUUUGGAUGAUUGGAAAGAGAUGUUUUGGGAAGGGGGAAUCAAAUUAACAGAAAAAGGUGGGUAAUUGACUUUAUAUUUUAUCGACAAAAACACCUCAGCUGUUCAGACCUUCGUAAAUUUUCCAGAUAAUCCAUACUAAGCAAUUGAGAAAACAGUGGACAGUUAAAGAGGAUACGCAAUAAGAUUAGUAACUCCAACAGGAGGUCAUCAAUGGGUUGGGUGUGUGUUUAGAGAUAGAAAUGAUGCGUUUGAUUUCAACGAAAAGAUAUUGAAAUUCAUAUCAGAUCGAGAAAUGGAAAGAAACCCAGAGAAAUUUAAAAAUGAAUUCCAACCUUCAUAAGACUUUAGUUUGAAGUAAGGAUAGAAAAUCUAAAUAUCUUUGGGAGAAGGAAAUCAAUAAAAGAAGUAAACAUAGUAAAAAGGGUAAACUAAUUUGUCUGAAUUUAAAUUUGCACCUCCACCUGAUGCAGGCGAUUUUGGUUAAUUUUCAUAGCCAGUUCAACAACAACCAACUCAAUCAGUGUAGAAUAGUUGGGGUAAUUUUGAUUUCAACUCUUGGAAUCAACCCAGCGUACCAUAGCAGAACACAUUCUAACAGGCUCCUCCAUAAUAAUAAUAAUCAUUUGGAUUCGGAUAACAAUAUCAAUCAUAGCCUCAAUAAUAAUUUAAUCCCUAGUCUUAGGCAUUUACAAACUAAUCAUAACCAUAAUAAUAAAAUUAGGCAAAGACAAAGGAAUUGAAUUUAUUAGAUUUAUGAAUGCACAUAAUUAAAUAUAUUGUCAUUAU